GCGCGGGGGGGCGGGGGCGAGCGCAGCGGGAGGGGAGGCGGGCAAGAUGGCGCCUGGCGAGUGAUUCUCCUCGGAUCCCUCCUGCGGGCGCGGAGACCCCGGGGCGGGGGUCCUGCCGCCACUACCUCCCUUCCUCCUCUCUCCCGCCCCCGGAGCCUUCCUCCUUCCCUUACCCCCCUCCACCUCGGGGGGCGGGCCUGGUUCCUGGAACACCAUGUCGGACUCUGAGGAGGAGAGCCAGGACCGGCAACUGAAAAUCGUCUUGCUGGGGGACGGCGCCUCCGGGAAGACCUCCUUAGCUACGUGUUUUGCUCAAGAAACUUUCGGGAAACGGUAUAAACAAACUAUAGGACUGGACUUCUUUUUGAGAAGGAUAACAUUGCCAGGAAACUUGAAUGUUACCCUUCAAAUUUGGGAUAUAGGAGGGCAGACAAUAGGAGGCAAAAUGUUGGAUAAAUAUAUCUAUGGAGCACAGGGAAUCCUCUUGGUGUAUGAUAUUACAAAUUAUCAAAGCUUUGAGAAUUUAGAAGAUUGGUAUACUGUGGUGAAGAAAGUGAACGAGGAGUCAGAAACUCAGCCACUGGUUGCCUUGGUAGGCAAUAAAAUUGAUUUGGAGCAUAUGCGAACAAUAAAACCUGAAAAACACUUACGGUUUUGCCAGGAAAACGGUUUUAGUAGCCACUUUGUCUCAGCCAAGACAGGCGACUCUGUCUUCCUGUGCUUUCAGAAAGUUGCUGCUGAAAUCCUUGGGAUCAAAUUAAACAAAGCAGAAUUAGAACAGUCACAGCGUAUUGUCAGGGCAGAAAUUGUGAAGUACCCGGAAGAAGAUAAUCAACAUACCAGCUCUGCUCAGAGUAGAAUCUGUUCAGUACAGUAGUGCAGAGAGUGGUGAAGGCAGAUAUUGUAAACUACAACCAGGAACCUAUGUCAAGAACUGUUAACCCUCCUAGAAGCUCUAUGUGUGCAGUUCAGUGAGCACAUUUUUCUUUUCUGUUGAUAGUUCUGGCUGCCCUUCACCUCUGGGUGGGCCGGAGGAUUUCUAGGAACUUGUUUUAUCAGUGACCAUCUCUGUAGUUCAGUUAACACUUUCCUCCCAACUUGCUUCGUCAUUGCUGUUGCCUCACAGUGGCAGGCAGCUCCUUGGAUUUGAAAGAAUUCAACUUUGGGACCACACACUUUGAAUUCAAAAUGGAAAACCCAUUCCCUGGAAUUAGACUGCUUCGUUGAGAAAGAAUGAUGUUGCUUCUUUAUAUGUCCUUGCUUCUUUUUUCAGUGAUGUAAAUUUUUUUAACUUAAUAGGAAAACUACUCAAAUCUUGAUCAUCAGCCAGGAUUUUGCCACAGCAGUUUCAUUCUCUUAUCUGAACUCGUAUGUGUCAAAGUAUACUUCAGAGUGUAAACAUUAAGCAAGUAAUAUAUUUUACCUACAGAUACUUAUGAAAACAUUCUUUUGCUAUCUAUUGUGAGUAAAAAUAUAUAAAGCUGUAUCUAACAGAAAAUGCUUGAAAUGAGGCUGUAAUAGAAAUAUUUUUUCAUUUUUUAAAAAGGGGCAUAAAUUGUUUAUAUUGUAGUUUGUAACUCACAAAGUAGUAUUUGAUAUUGUAUUUUUAUUACUGUAUCCUUGUCAUUAUGUAUUGUAUAAUACUCAGGUUUCAUGGCUUUAAAUGUCCCGCUGAUCUUCCACAUGGAAUUUCUCUUCCAAACUGCAUAAGAGUACUCCCAAGAAUGAGUUAUGACAUUGUGGAUCAGACUGUACCUGAUGUUCAGAAGUUUCUCUUUCACAAAUAAAUUUAUUUAAAUUACU